UGCUGGUAGAGAGGACGGGAAACAUAUAAGUUUUGACUUGAAAGUAAAGCAAACGAUAAAUCUGAUGCUAUUAUCAUCACUAUAUAGAUAAUGUUGUAAGGAGUGUAAGUUUUAUCCGCAGAAAGGGCCGUAUUUAGGUCCUUUUUCGCAUGGUUUCCAUUAAUGCCCCGUAAAACCACAAAGACAGAGAAGCCUCCCCUGCUGUUCCUGGAGCCGCCUGUGCGUGGAGCCAGAAUACAGAAUGUGCCUGAUGUGCGAGCAGCCCUCAAUCCGAAAGACUAUUUCACAGACACAAAAGAAACACGCAACGAAUCAGUUCGUAAUUCGUGGGUAAUCCCACAGUUUGAUGCUUCAGUUGCAGCUGCACCUCCACUGAGAAGGGGGAGAAGAAAAUGUCACUCAGUAAGCAUCUUUGACAGCUGCAGUCAGCUGUCCAGAAAAAACAGUGCGUGCAAAUUCCCCUCAUUAUCGUUCGAGACUAGACCUAAAGUCCAGGGUCACCAUCCAAAGCAUACACGCAGAAAGAAAGUCAUAGAGUCUGCUGCCUCUGAUGGAGAUAAUCAACCACAGGGAUCAGGUCAAAUCAAGAACACGGUUGGUUGUGUGCAGAGUCUAGACACACCAAAGAGACCGCUGGCCUCUGUUAGAAAAAGGAAUGCACAAAGACUUUGUGAUGAACCUGACGCUCUCAAUAGAUGUUCAGAUCAAUGUGAAACUCCAUCCAUUCAGGUGGCAGAAAGAGGCAGAAAUGCAGCAGAUAGUGGUUCAACACCUGUCCUUAAUGAGUCCACUGAUGUGAGCAGUUUCGGACCACCGCCUGAUGUUGUUACUCCCAAAGUCAUACAAGAGGAGAAUUAUCCCUCCUCUACUGCUUUACACAUGCUACUAUUUCCGCCACGCACCCCACCAUGUACUAAUCCACCUGACAUUUUGGUGGCUGACACUCCAGAGAGGGACUACGGGGUGAAGGUCACAUGGAAACGAAGACGUGGCUUGAUGCUUUUGUUAAAAGAGAGAGGCCAUUUAUCUGAUUCAGAUGUGAUAAUUCAUUACUGAUGUUGUGAAGACAUGAUAAGAUGAUGAGGUCUUUUCAUUAGUAAAGAGGUGUUAAUUUUAAUUUCAUUCUGAACCAUGGUUAUUGCACAAAAGGGCACUGGUCUCCAUUUAAUUUUCAUCUCAUUUUUAUACUGUCUUUAGAUGUGUCUGAUUAUAAAUGACUGGUCUAAGAUGAUUCUCACUUGUCCCUUUGACAAAGACCUGGACAUUAUAUUUUGUAAUGAUGAUGUUAAGAUUUUUAUCAUAUAGGCUGACUAAUCAGUUAUUCACAUUGGCAACUGAAAACUGCAGUAUUUAUGUAAAAUUAUUUCAAAUGGACUGUUUGUUUAGAAAGACGCAACUGUCCUGUGCUGUCAUCAAUAACACUGAACAUUACAUUGUGGAACAAAGCCAGUUUUGUGAUUUUUAUACCUGAAGCUGUGCUAUACAUUAUAAGGUCCCCUUUAUGUGGGAAAAUAUAUGCUCACAGAUUAUAAUAUAAUAUGGUCAGAAUCAAGAAAACGUCAUCUUGUCAAUAACAAGAUCUUGUUGGUGUCAACAAUCAAAGUGAUGCUGAAAGGGUACAAUGUUUUGCAAAAUAUUGUGUCUUCAAAAUCUGUUGCACUAAAGGUACAGUUUAAAUAUACAGGAUAUAAAAAACAAAAGUAAUGUAGAUUUGUUUAAUAUUAUCUUGAUCUACUGUUCAGUGGUAAGGUAGUGGGAUGGUGGUGGGAUAAAGAUACUGCUCCACAAAUUCAGUCACCACAAUGUAAAUAAUAAAGAUACAGGAAA